CAGUCGUCUCAGAGACUAGUGGACAGACAGGCUGAUAAGAUGCAGAAAACAAUGAUCCCGAUUUCUGUGCUGAUCCUGGCAUGGCUCUGGACCAUCCAGGGUCUCCCUGUACUCCCAGAACCUCUCUACCCUCCACAGGAGAACUUUAAUCUGGGUCGGUUUUUGGGAACUUGGCAUGAUGUUGCCUUGGCAACUACAUGCUCCCAUAUGCUUCGUAACAAGGGAGAUGCAGCCAUUGGCAAACUGAUCCUUCAGAGAGGUACCACUGAGGGCAAACUCAAGAUGACUCGAAGAGUACUCAGACAAGGAACAUGUAAGGAGAUCUCUGGGGACUAUGAAUUGACCUCCACCCCAGGACGACUCUACUACAAUGAUGCAAAAUGGGCGAAAGAAGUGGAUGCCUAUGUGGUGCACACAAACUACAAUGAGUAUGCGAUAGUGAUAAUGAGCAAACAGAAAUCAUCAGGGGAAAAGAGCACCUCAGUGAAGCUUUACAGUAGGACCAUGGAGGUGAGAGACACUGUGCUAGAUGACUUCAAAACACUGGUCAGACAACAGGGAAUGGGUGACGACACCAUUGUCAUUAAAAAGAACAAAGGUGACUGUGUUCCUGGAGAGCAGGUAGCAAUGUCAUCUCAGCCUGAGCCACAGCGGAUGAAGAGAAAUGUGGAGAUUGAUGAAGCGGGUUCUGGCGACAUACCUUUGUUCAAUGGAGCUGAGGCUUGUAAAGCAGAACCAGACACAGGACCAUGUUUUGGGAUGGAAGACCGGUACUACUACAACUCCACCUUGAUGAGCUGCGAGCUUUUCAAGUUUGGAGGGUGUGCGGGCAACCAGAACAAUUUUCGGACUGAGAAAGAGUGUCUGCAGAGAUGUCGCACUGAGGCUGUGUGCCGUCUGCCCAUGGCAGCCCAAGCCUGCACAGGCCAGCCACCCAUCUGGGCCUUUGACUCAACCAGCGGUCUGUGUGUGCCCUACAAAACGGGUUUCUGCCAGACCAAUGCCAACAAGUUUUACACCAAGGCUGAGUGUGAUGAGUAUUGUGGUGUGGUCAAAGAUGAUCCUGACCUCCUGAGGGCAUGAGGAAACACUGCUGCUCUUCUGAACUCAUUAUACAGAUAUGCAGCAUGAACAAGCAUCAUAAACAAUAUUACUUUGUCUCAGCACUCACAAAACGAUGUGGUCUUAUAACACAAAAACAAAUAAAACAACUCAUCAUUCUG